ACAAAGAAAGCCUCAUCGUCGUCAUCAUAAUCUACAUGUUCAGAAAACCAGUGGUCGUAGUGGAAAAGCCAUGAGCUCAAUAGGCCAAAGCAUAUUGAUGGCCCUGACUGUUACAGUGAACAAGUUUGCUUCAUCUAACGUGCAGGCAGUCCAUAGAAGGCAACGCAAAGAUAGAAAGAAAACCACUUACUCCAAGGCAGCCAACGAUUUUGGAAGAAGGGGGCUGCUCUUAUCUGCUGCAUUUGCUACUCCCACUGUCAGUGAUUCUGGGGCCGAACUUCUUAAAAAGUAUCUGAAGAAGUCAGAAGAGAACAAGGCCAAGAAUGACAAGGAGAGAAUGGACAGUUACUAUAAGCGCAAUUACAAGGAUUACUUUGAGUUUGAGGGAGGAACUAUAAGGGCGAAGCAAGGGGAGCUCACCAAAUCGGAGAAGGGGAUUCUUGAUUGGCUUGAAAAUAACAAGUGAAAACCACUUUUUUAGUUACAACAACUAUUUGAAGUUCAAAGUAAAGAAGCUG